CGGACCUGCGCAGCGCGAAUCAGGUGACAGUUGUGACCGACUAGCGGGUGUAGCAUCUCGCCAAAGACCCUGGAAAAGCAACCUCUGAACCGACCGUAGCGACCGUGAGGAGGGUCGAUUGACCGCGGGCACUGAGCGGAGGAUUCCCGGGUGUCGAGCACCACGAUGAUUGUCGGUGCGCCGCGGGGCCUGCAGCCCGUCAACGGGACCACCCACCCCCUGUCCGCCGUCCAGGAGACGCUCUCCCCGGUCCCAGAUGUCACCGCCAGCUGCCACAUCCCCAACAGCAGCAGCAGCAGCAGUGGUGGUGGUGGAGGAGACAAAGAAGUCGUGCUGACCAAUGGCAAGCCAAUUGAGACAUCAAGUCCUGCCUCGGCGUCAUCGCUACUCAACCGACUCCAACUGGACGAUGAUCUGGAAGCUGACACGCUUGACCUCUACGCCUCUACGGAAACACGUGACCUCUUCGUCACCGUCGACGAUCCCAAGAAACACGUCUCCACCAUGGAGACCUACAUCACCUACAGGGUCUCCACCAAGACCUCGCGCAUCGAGUUCGACCUGCCGGAGUACAACCUGCGCCGGCGAUACCAGGACUUUGAUUGGCUGAGGAUGAAGCUGGAAGACAGCCAACCAACCCACCUCAUCCCACCUCUCCCAGAGAAGUUUGUGAUGAAGGGUGUGGUGGAUCGCUUCUCAGAGGAGUUUGUGGAGACUAGGAUGAAGGCACUAGACAAGUUCUUGAAGAGGGUGGCGGACCAUCCCGUCCUCUCCUUCAACCCCCACCUCAAUGCCUUCCUAACCGCCAAGGACCUGAACAAACGACAGGGCCUGGCGCUGCUGACCAAGGUGGGGGAGUCGGUGAAGCAGGCGGCGGGGGGCUACAAGCUGCGGGCGCGGCCACCGGAGUACUGCGUGAUGGGGGAGUACCUCGACACCUUCAACCAGAAGCUGGGCACCAUGGACCGCAUCGCCCAGAGAAUCCUCAAGGAGCAGACUGAGUACCUGGUGGAGCUGAGGGAGUACGGCUCGGUGUACGCGGGCUGGGCGGGGUCGGAGGACGCCCUGACGCGGCCCCUGGAGGGCGUGGCCGGCUGCGUGUCCACAUGCUGCGGGGCCAUGGAGGACCUGAGUGAGGGCAUGAGCCAGGAGCUGCUGCCGGUCCUCAGAGAGUAUGUCCUCUACAUUGAGUCCAUGAAGAACGUGUUGAAGAAGAGGGACCAGAGCCAGGCCGAGUACGAAGGCCGGCUGGAGGCCGCCGUCAUACGCAAACAGGAGGAGAAGACGCCGGUGCCGGUUGAGGUGGAGAAGUGCCAGGACAGGGUGGAGUGUUUCAAUGCGGACCUGAAGGCGGACUGGGAGCGCUGGCAGAGCAACAAGAGGCAGGACUUCAGACAGCUGCUCACCAGCAUGGCCGACAAGAACAUUAACUACUUUGAGAAGUGCCAGUCAGCGUGGGAGUCUCUGGUCUCUCAGUUACAGGACGACCAGGCAGAGAAUACCAAUGAGACAAACUGCGACUAAUGCACACACACACACACACACACACACACACACACACACACACACACACACACACACACACACACACACACACACA